CGAAGAGAUUUUAAUGACUUCUAUAAAUGUAUAAAAUGUAGAUAACUAAGCAGUAUCUUGCCUUAUGUAUAGGACGUUGCUUUAAAUUCAGCUAUCCUCCUCAACUGUAAAAAUACAUGAAUCAGAAUUGCAUCUUCUGGGGACAAAACUCUUGAGUAGAAACCAGAAUGCUUCACUUCAUCCAGAAAAUUUCUGGAGCAUCUUCAAAGAUACUAAAGAACCCUUUUACAGUGAGACUCAGAGCCAGCAGACUAGAUAUACUUUCUCCCAAGACAUGUCUUCCACGGGACUUUUCCUCUUUGUCUCCAAGAACUUGGCUUUCCACGUCAUUUCAAGUGUGUAUGAGGAAGAUAGAAUGUUAUCAUGCGUCACCAUGCAACUUUAAAAAGCAGCAGAAGGAGGCAGUCCUUCCCCCCAAGAAACCAAGCACCAUCACUUACCUACGUGAUAGCCCAAAGCCAGCCUUAUAUACAACUCUGGUGGGGUUAAUCCCCUUUGCUGCCCCACCACUCAUCAUGGUAAUAACAAAGUCUUAUCUCCCCAUACUAGCUUUUACUCAGAUGGCCUAUGGAGCCAGUUUCUUAGCUUUCCUGGGAGGCAUUAGAUGGGGCUUUGUUCUGCCGGAAAGUAGUCCGGCCAAACCAGACUAUAUUAAUUUAGCUAGUAGUAUGAGUCCUGUUCUGUUUUCAUGGGUAGCCAUCCUAUUUUCUGAAAGACUCAAUGAAGCCAUAGUUACAUUAAUAAUAGGUUUAGGGAUAGCAUUACAUAAUGAACUUUUCCUCUUACCACAUUAUCCCAACUGGUUCAAAGCCUUAAGGAUCAUAAGUACUUUGGUGGCUUUUAUCUCACUUGUAAUCACUUUAAUCCUUGAAAAUAUUUAUCCAGAAAAGGGGCCCAGGAGAUUUGACUAAGUAGAAAUAUAAAACUACUUUCUUGAUAUCAUGUGCAGUGUCUGUGUAGGCCAGAAGCCUGUUGAAUGCCCUGGAGCUAACGUUACAGGCGGUUCUGAGCCACCCAGUGUCUAGGCUGGGAACUAAACUUGUGUCCAUAGCAGUACAGUCUUGAGCACUGAGCCUGUAUCUCUACACUGUAAAGCUUCAUUUUAGCAUCACAAUCCUGUUUCUCUUGUUUGGUUCUUUUUUCUUCCUCCCACUGGUAGGAAUUUAUUCUUCAUACAUUGUUUGUUUUUGUUUUUUCUAAAGAAUUAUCUCUUUUAGCCAGAUGGUAGUAAUAUACACUUUUUAUCCCAGCAGAAAGGAGGCAAAAGCAGGUGGAUCUUUGAGUUUGAGGCCAGUUUGUUCUAUAAAGCAAGUUCCAGGAAAGCCAGGGUUCCAUGAGAAACUCUAUCUGGGGGGGGAGGGGGGAGUUACAGUUACCUGCCUUUUGCCUCCUAAGUGUUGGGAUUAUAAAAAUUAUUUCUAAGUAAUUUAUCUUGAAAAAUUUCCGGGUUAAUGUUAGUUUACAUUUUUGUGUGUGACUUGUAUAGUCACAUAAGUAAACAUUUCAGUGUUAGAUUAUACUGAGAAUAGUAAAAGACAAGAUGAAAAAUCCUGUAUUAGAGUCUAGCAAUCAUGAAGUCCUAUUUCAUGAGACUUCUACUUGUAGUGGUUUGAAGAGGUUUGGCCCCCAUCGACUCAUGUGUUUGAAUAUGCUUGGCCCAGAGAGUGGCACUAUUAGUGGUGUGGACUUGUUGGAAGAAGUGCGACACUGUGGGAGUGAGCUUUGAGACCUUCCUCCUAGCUGCCUGGAAGACAGUCUUCUGGUUUCCUUUGGAACAAGAUGUAGAACUCUCAGCAGUGCCAGUACUGCCCAUGUUUCCCAUCUUGAUGAUAAUGGACUGAAACUCUGAACCUGUAAACCAGCCCCAUUUAAGUGUUGUCCUUUCUAAGAGUUGCCUUGUCCAUGGUGGUCAAAGAUGGAAACCUAACUAAGGUAUCACCAGGAAGUUCAUGACAUCUUAAAAAUAAAAGUAUUUCUGUCAAA